CCGGCGGGGUGUUGACGCUCUCCCGGGAAACCGACCCCCGCGCGGAGCCGCACCCACCGCCGCUCCCCACCGCCCGCCGCGCGCACCCCGCACGGCCUCGGAGCACAGGUGCCCGCGAGGACGGGACAUGGGCCCGUCAGGGGCGCAGCCGUAAUGUCGGCGCGGGAGCUUGUGGCCUGCCUCUGCCGGGAAGGAGACCAGCGCCUGGCCCUGGGGGAGCUCCCCUUGGCCACCGCCUUCUACCUGGCGGCCUUCAGCUGCCACGCCCCCUCGGCCGUGCGGAGCGUCAGAACCGCCCUGGCUGAGGCCCGAGGGGCACCCGUGCUGGCCACCCUGGAAGCCUGGUGCCGCGGCGACAGCCAGAUCCCCGCCAUCCACUGGGACGGCAUGGCGGUUGUCUCCCUGACCGGGACCCUGGCCUCCGCGUUCCUGGCCACCCUCUGCCCGGACCACCCCGCCGCUGUCCUGCACUCCCUGGCCAGUCUUCUGGCUCAGGGGCGCCACCAAGAGGUGGCUCAGCGCUGCAGCACCUUGCUGGAUGCACGCUCCCAGCAAGCCCUGGAGCUCCUACUGACCCGCGCCCUGGCCCGCGUGCUGUCCGGGGUGCAGGUGGACGCUGGCGUGGCAGACUAUUUGCAGGCCUUUGCCUCCAGUGCAGACCGGACCGUGGCCUUCGUUCGCACCCACCAGCAGCCCCAUCUCCCCAUGCUGAUAAGCACCCUGCAGGACCAUAUCUCAGGGCGCCUGGAGACUGAGGACAGCACCCGCCAGCAGGAGGCCGGCUGCCAGGGACUUUUGGCAGCCCUGGACCCCGAAGGCACCUGGAGCGAUGCCCUAUCACCAGAAGCCCUGCUCCGCAGUGGCCGGUAUGAGGACUGCCGAGUGGUGUGCAGCCGGGCCCUUGAGUCGGACCUGACAGGCAGCAGACUCCCAGGUGAGCGUCGGGCUGCUCUGCUGGUCACCCGCGCAGCUGCGGCCUUAUUUCUGGACAGUGGGGCCCGGAACCUGCUUCGGGACCUGCAGGAGGCCUUCCACCAGAGCCCGUCAGAGGCGCGGAAGCAGUUUGAGGCAGUGCUCUCCGCAGGAGACCGGGAGCGCGUGCGGGCCCAGGCACAGGAAGCCGCGGACACGGGCUUCGCCCACUUCCAGGAGGCCGUGCGGAGCCGCGCUGAGCUCCGAAAAAACUCGGGCCGCGAGCUGCUGGCCCCAGUGACCCGUGCACUCCGUGUCCUGCUGCGCGUUGCUCCGCCCGGGGUGCGCCCGGCACUGCGCACUCGCUUGGCCGAGUGCCUGCUGCUAGCUGGGGACGCAGCGGGCGCCUGGGCGCUGUGCGAGCGCUUGCUGCGGCCUGCGCGUCCUGGGCACCCGGCGGACUACCGCGUCGGGGCCCACACCAGCGACCGCGCGCCCCUGUUGGUGCUGCGCGGCUUCUGCGCGCUGCACAUCAGCGACGCGGGGCGCGCCCGAGAGGACUUCCAGGAGGUGGUGGAGCACGGGCCGCCUCACCUGGCCAGCUGCGUGCGCGCUCUGUGUGGCCGCGGGCUGCUGAGGGUGCUGGAGGGUAGCGCGUUCCUGGGAGCUCUGGACUAUGUCACCGCCUGCCGGCUGCAGCCCGAGGAGGCACUGCUCAUCGCCAAGGCCUACGUCCCCUGGAACCAGAGGGGCCUCCUGCUGACCGUGCUGCGAGAGGAGGGCCGCAGGAUACUGCAGCGGAGGCCGGACCUGGGGCUCACGGGCGCAGCGGGCCGCCGGAGUAAGGCCGUGGAGAUGGACAGCCCCGAGGCGCAGGAAGGGGAUGCCCACGGCGUGUACCAGCUGGCCAUGCUCCUGAUGGAACUGGACCGGGAAGAUGAGGCUUCAGGCCUCCUGGCAGCUGAUGCCCUGUACCGCCUGGGCCGUCUGGAGGACACCCACAAGGCCCUGCUGCUGGCCCUCUCCCGGAGGCCCCAGGCGGCCCCUGUGCUCGUGCGACUGGCCCUGCUGCAGCUCCGGAGGGGCUUCCUCUAUGACGCAAACCAGCUGGUGAAGAAGGUGGUCCAGUCCGGGGACACGGCGUGCCUCCAGCCCACCUUGGACGUCUUCCGCCACGAGGACCGGCAGCUACUGCGGGGCCACUGCCACGCUCGGGCCCUGGCCAUCCUGCGGGCGAGGCCCAGUGGGGCCGAGGGCACAGCCCACACCAGGGAGGCCAUCGCCUACCUCUCUCUGGCCAUCUUCGCUGCAGCUGUUCCCUGUCCAGCCCCAAGGAACCGGCCCCCUCCCGGCCCCUCCUCCGGCCUCACCUCAGAUGUCCACAGCGGCCCCUCUUCUUGGGACCCCUCUCUGACUGCCCACCAGCCUAGAUGCCACCCUCACGGUUGGAGUCCCUGUUUCCCACGGCCAGUGCCCCCAGGGAGUCAGGCGGCGGAGUCCCUGCUCACCCGUGCCCGCUGUUACGCGCUCCUGGGCCAGAAGAAGACGGCCAUGUUCGACUUCAACUCCGUGCUGCGGGCUGAGCCCAAGAACGCGCUGGCGCUGUGUGGCCGGGCGCUUCUGCACCUGGCCCUGGGCCAGCAGAAGGAGGCUGUGGACGACAUCCUCUCAGCUCUGAAGCUCGACCCUGGGACGGUGGUCCCUGAGGUUCGCUCUCUGAAGCCAGAGGCCCAGGCCCUCAUCACCCAGGGCCUCUGGUCCCACUGCCGGGCCCUGCUGAGCCAGCCGCUGGACACCGGGGCCUCCCUCCGCGACGAGGACGCCCGGGGCCUCCUAGCUGUGGGGGAAGCGCUGAUCAAAAUCGAUGCCGGACAGCCGAGCGGACACAUCCUGCAGGCAGACGCGCUCACUGCUGUGGGCAGCUACGAGGAAGCUGGAGACUGCCUGCAGAACGCCCCGCAGCCCACCCCGGGGUCGGAGGCGGCCCGCGCCCGGCGAGGCCUGCUCUGGCUCAAGAAGGGAGACGCGCCCGCCGCCGCGCGGGACCUGCAGUGCCUGGCCGAGACGGACGCCCAGGAACUCUGCUUCCUGCUGCAGCGUCUGGAGGCCUCGGAGCGGCGGAGCCUCAGCCAGGCUGCAGCCCAGGAAGCCAACACCCUCCUGAAAUCGGGGCAGCCAGAGCAAGCACUGGGCUACUGCUCACUGGCAGUCCUCGCCGGAAGCAGCAAUGCCCAUCACCUGCGCCUGAGGGCCACCUGUCUGGCUGAGCUGCAGGAGUUUGACCGGGCACUGGAGGACCUGGGUCAUGUCCUCCAGGGGGACGUGGGGGACCUCAACCUCCCGACACAGGUGGAGGACCUGUGCUCCCAGGGCCGCCUGCUGCUGAGCCUGGGGGAUGGGGCCAGGGCCGCAGGGGCUUUUGCCCAGGCUCUCAAGCUGGCACCCACCCUAGCCCAGAGCAGCCUGUGGGAGCGGCCAGGUCGGGGCCCCACUGCCGAGGCAUUUCUGUGCCAUGGCCAGACCUGCCUGGAGCAGCAGCGCUAUGCAGAGGCCUGGACGGCAGUGGAGAACGGCCUGCUGGCAGACCCCGAGCACAGCGGCCUGAGGAGGCUGAAGGUGAGACUCCGGAGGGAGGCAUCCUUGGGCUGCCGGCUCCACUGACCCCGUGCUCUUGAGGCCCAGACGUGGGCCCCCCGGCCAUUCCACCCUGGAUGGGCUCCUGAGCCGCGGGAUACAGGGGGCCUAACUGAUGUAGGUCAGACUCUGCGGAGAAGAGAGAUACCAAGAAGCGUUGAUGAUAGUGUGUAGGUGGUGGUACCUCAUCUCGCGGCAACAAAGCUGUAAAUCAACCUUUUAGAGUUCCCUGCAUGUGAAACGGCUCUGGGGUCCAAGAGGAGAUCACAGCUGAAGUCAAAGAAAGUUGAAAAACUAAUCAUAACAAAACCCAUGCAGAGGAGCACUUGUGGGACGCUGCCCCGGCAGGCCGGGGGAAGUCCGGCCCCAAGCAGAUUACCAAGCGAUAGAAAGAAAAUGGAGUACAUGUUCAGUUCAAGAAGUUGGAGAAAGACAAUAACACUAAGGAAAUCAGGAGAUAGGAAUUAAGGAUAAAAGCAGAAAUUAAUAAAUUAGGAACAAAAGAAUAAAUACAAAAUCUGGUUCUUCAGAAAUAAAGUAGACGAACCAA